AUGUUUGCAUACCCUAAUCAAUAUUUGAAAGAGCGUUAUCGUUUCUCAAAAAAUUCGUUCGUUUAUUUAACACGUCUUUUAAAACCGCAUAUCGCAAAUGUGACAAACUUCUGCACAGAAAACAUUUUUGUACAGUGUGGGCGAUUAGGGGCAUGUGGGAAAGGACAGUACAAUGGUUAUUUGCUGGGGGACAGAGGAUACCCUUGUCUGCCCUAUUUAAUGACACCCUACUCUGAACCUGAGCCUGGACCACAGACACGGUUUAACCUGCCUCACAGCCGAACACGGGCCAAGGUGGAGAUGACUAUAGGGAUCCUCAAAUCUCGGUUUCAGAGUCUGCGUGGGCUCCGGGUUAGUCCAGAGAGGGCAUGCAACAUUAUAGUAGCUUGUGUUGUGCUUCACAAUAUUGCCACUAUAAGAGGAGAGAGCCACCCUCCUUGUAUUGAGGAAGAUGGCCCAGAGGAACACCUACAGAUUUUAGAGGCUAACAGAGACGGAAGACUUUUGAAAGACAGGAUCUGUCAAAAUCACAUUAAUUUUUUUGCACUGGUCUGCCAGGCAGUGUAUUUCUUUAUUUCCUCCUUUAAGUGA